AUGAGGAAUGAAACAGUGAAGGAGGAGAUUAAAUCUUCAUCCACUGGUGUUGCAACACAUCGUAGUCAACGUGUUGUGGCGAGAGAUCCUAAGCUGGAAGAGGACAUUGCAUGGAGACAAAUAGAUGAGAAUUCUAAGAGUUUGUUAAACAGGUGUAGUAGUGGGGACAUUGUUGAAGAAGGUGAUGGGCCUAAGAUUAUAUUGGAAGAAGGUUCUGACUUGGUUGAUAAAGAAGGUGAAAUAGGUGUUGUUUCUAAUCACCAGGUUUUGACUCCGAGAAAUGAAGAAGCAGAGCAGGAAUUUGUUGCAGAAAUUUUCACUUCAGAAAUACCAAGAAUAGCAACAUCAUUAACAAAUCCAUUGGUGGACACACAGCAGACUAGUGAACCGUGUCUGAUGAAGCAGAAAAAACCAGUUGGUGAAAUUCCUAAGAGUAUUGAGCAAGUUGCUUUAGAGGAAACCAUGACAAAGAACACCAAUAUGGCAGCUUCAUCAAUUCUUUCCGAGUCUGUCACCUCUAAGUUGGAUCCAACAGUUACUUUACCAAGUAAAUCACAUCCAUCAUAGUGAAAUUAAGAGCAGCCAAAUUGAGGCACGCAUUGCUAACAAAAGUGAAGGCCAUCCUAAAAUAAUUCAAGACUUUGGGGCCAAUGAUACCAGGAGUUUAUUUGCACCAGUUGUUGUGGGGAAAGAGGGUGAAGAUAACCUAGUUGGAAAGACCCUUGCUGAGUUAGAAAAGUAUCUGAAGAUGUCUUUGAAGGAUAUAGUUAGCUUUGAGACUAACAGCUUUUGCCUUUUGUCUGCUCUUAAUUUCCUAUCCAACCUUCCUUUCAAAGAUGUGAAAGUACCAGAUGGCCUCAAACAUAUUAUAGACACUAUGCACUGAUACUUGCAAAGCAUUUUAUUCUCCUUUAAGCAAGGCUUUGCCACCACUGACAAGUUGGCAGAACUU